AAUACUGGACUAAUCUCUGUUCGGUUUCUCCUCCCUCUUCUCAUUUUUGCACUCCUUCAGGUCUCUCUGUUGAAACAAAGUGGACGCGGCAUUGAACGCCAACUUCAGUUCGAUUCCCUAAAAGAUGUCCAUAUGGCGGAGUAUAUGUGCAAUGCCUCCAACUUCUAUAAUCCCAUUCCUGAUCCGGUAACCUUCGUGCAGAACAGUUCGCAGACGACAGCAACCAGUGUCUCCUUCUCAUGGCUUCCACCGGCUCAUGAUGGAAAUAAGGCGAUUCGACGUUACUGGAUCAGGUACUAUCAAGCAGACUCGGCGGUCGGAGAGCCGAGUUAUGGACAGAGUAAACCAAACAACGUCAUCGAGGUGCGACCUCACGAACGUCAGGCGACACUGACGGGUUUGCGGCCGUACACGAAGUACAACAUCGCUAUUAAAGCAGAGAACGAGGUUGGAUACAGUCUGGAGAACUCUCUUGUUCUCACAACACAAGAAGCCAAACCGGAGGGUCCAGUGCAACACCUGAAUGCGAGUGGAACGGCCUCGGACACGAUUUAUGUGUCAUGGCAGAAGCCGAAACCGGAGCUGCGCAACGGAAACGUGGAUAGGUACUCCGUUUGCCAUCAGAGGGUGAAUGAGAGUCUCGUGGGGAGCAGUCCGAGCGACCUGGCACGGCUGCCAUGGCCAAGGGAUCUCAUUACAGAGGAUUCAAGUGUCUCGAGUGGAUUUAGUCAAAUUCACUGCGUUCUGAUGCAUCGCCAACAAGAUACGGAGUUGACUGGUCUGCCAAAAUUCACCGCCUACGCCAUUCGCAUCAUCGCUAUCAACAGCAAGGGUCAAUCGCCUCCUGCCUAUGUCUUGGCACGAACCCUGGAGGAUUUGCCUCAAGCAUCGCCAACAAACGUUACGUGCUCCACACAACAACACAGCAUUACGGUAUCCUGGGAUCCACCGAACUUUGAAACUGUGAAUGGGAUUUUGACGGAGUACCUCGUCAAUUACUACAUUGCCAAUAGCUUUGGAGAUGAGACAAAUUCAGUCAUCCAAGUUGUCAAAGGUCAGACCACCGUGACUCUAGCUGGCCUUCUGGCAAACACCCGUUAUGAAAUCCAAGUCGCAGCAAGCAAUCGUAAAGGUCGUGGACCCCUUUCUCCAAAAAAAAUUUGCUCCACUACAGAGGCACCACCGGAAGCACCAGAGAAUGUGAAAGCGUUGCCAGUGAAUGAAACGUGCGUCAUGGUUUCCUGGUCCCAUCCCAGUCGUCCACAGGGUGUGACACGUCUCUACUGCCUAGUUGCUUACAGACAAGACAGUCUUUACCGAUCCACCGGAACGUCUGUUGCCACUGCUGCCACCUCUGCCGUAGGCUCUGGCGUUGCAGCUGGUCCCCGUUGCAUUAAACCCGAUUUCAGCAAACCCUACAACUACUAUUUGUUUUGCGCUGCUGCAUCGAUUAUUUCUAUUGGUGGGACAAUCGUAGCACAAGAGAGGAUGCGAGUAUUGAUGGAUUGUUUGGUAGCUGGAAACCCUUCAGUUGAAUGGACAUUUGGGAUGGUCGAUGACGUGCAACAGUUGGACAAUGGAACGCUGAUUAUUGAAUCCGUCGAAACGAGACACUCAGGUCGAUACGUUUGCCGUCACGGGGAGGACUCCAUAUCUUAUGAGCUGAAGGUGCAAGCACUUUCCAACGGUGCGUUACAUUGA